AUGAAACACCGAAGUGUCAACGUCGCGCCGGCGUUGCCAGCCCCGCCGCCGCCAUCGAGAGGAGCGGCGGCGGCGGCGGGGGCGGUGGCAUCUCCCGCAAGCUUCCCCGCCGCCACGCUUUCCGCCGCCGCCGCUGCGGGCGGCGCCGACCAGCCCGCCGUGCUGGCUGCUGGCUCUCCUGCUACGACCGCUGCCGCCGCCGCGGGCCCGUCCCUUCUGGACGUAAGCUUCCUGGUCGCGUCGGGCGGGUGGCUGGACCUCGCCAGCGGCAAACACCUGCAGGAGGCCUCGGGAACGCUGUGCCGGGACUGCAGGGAGUACGUCGGCAGCCACCUGCGGGUGGACUACUCGACGCCGCGGGCGCUGUGGCCGCUCAGGACCGCCGGCGUCGUCCUCUUCGGCAGGGGCCCUGGCGGCGGCGGGAGGAUGCUCUCCAUCGGGAACAGCGUCGCCACCGCGAGCGGCGGGGUCGGAGUCAGGCGGCUCGCGGCUGGGUUCAACGGGAAAGAGAACGCGGGCGGCACAGGCUACCGGACCGGCGGCAGCAGCAGCGCGAGCGGCGGAAAAGGAGGGCUGCUGCCAUGGCGGUUGCAGCAGCAGCAGCAGCACGGCUGGAAGGGGCAGUCGAUCCCUCCCCUCCGCGUGACGACGAUGACUUGGGAGCGACCGCUGAGCGACUUGGCCCACGGACGCGCGCUCCCCCCGGGGCUCCACAGCCUGCACCUCGCGUGCAGCUUUCGCUACUUCGACGUCGGCUGGGUCUCGUUCCCCACGAGCCUGCUGAGCUUGUCCUUCGGACAGAACUUCGACCAGGGCAUCGACAGCAUCGCAUGGCCGCCCUCCCUGCAGAGGCUGACGUUUGGGUGGGAGUUCAACCAGCCACUAGACGGCGUGCAGCUACCCCCCUCCCUCAAGACGAUCACGUUCGGACAGUCCUUCGACCAGCCGAUCGACCUGGUUUCGUGGCCUCUGGGGCUGGAAGACCUGACCUUUGGAGGCCGCUUCCACCAGCCCAUCCACCGCGUAUCGUUCCCCCCCGGGCUGCGGAGGCUCACCUUCGGGUGGCGCUUCAACCACCCAAUCGCGGACGUGCUGUGGCCUUCUUCCCUGCAGAGGCUCAUGUUCGGGAGCUUGUUCAAUCAGCCCGUCGACGGCGUCGAGUGGCCCAGGGGGCUCGAGCAGCUCCUGUUCGGAAGGGUCUUCAACCAGCAGAUCCAGGGCGCCGUCUGGGCCUCCGGGCUGAGGCUCCUUGCUCUUGGCGACUUCUUCGAUCAGGCCCUGACAGGAGUGGCGUGGCCCCAAAACCUUGAGUUCCUCUCCCUCGGAAACAAGUUCAACCAGGCCGUCGACGGAGUGGCCUUCCCCUCCCGGCUGGAGCAGCUCGCCUUCGGGUGGAGGUUCGACCACCCCAUCACCGCCGUCAUUUGGCCGACCAACCUCAAGCUCCUGAGCUUCGACGGCGGCUUCAACCAGGACCUGAGCAGGGUGGAGUGGCCGCGAGACCUGAAGCAGCUGCAGCUGGGGCGCAGCUUCAAUCAACCCAUCCGCGAGGUGACCUUCCCGCCGGGGCUCCUCAAACUGGACCUGGGCGACAACUUCAACCAGCCCGUGGACGGGGUUCUCUGGCCGCCUUUUCUCGAGAGCCUUUCGUUCGGCCAGGCGUUCAAUCACCGCAUCGACGCCGAGGGGGUCGAGUGGCCGCCCUCCCUGCAGAAGCUGACCUUCGGAGGAUCUUUUAACCAGCCCGUGGAAGGGGCCAAGUUUCCGACUGCCCUAGAAGAAAUUACCUUCGGUCGAGAGUUCAACAAGCCGGUGUCCAAGGUCGCGUGGCCCUCGCUCUUGAAGAAGCUGGCGUUCGGCCACCGUUUCGACCCGUCGAGCCUGAACGGCCUCGUGUGGCCCGAGGGACUCAAGGCGAUACAGCUCGGCCGCGUCUCGAGGGCCGUCAACGACGACCGGCGCAUCCACCCUUGGGGCGCUUGGGACGAGCCGGAAGGAUGACGAACUCGAUGCCGCCUUGGAGCCAAGCUAACUGCAAUAGCUGCGGCUCCUCCCUGUCCUUCCUGCCUACGCUGUUCCUUACGCUUGUAAAUUCUCUGUAAAUUUGUCUCCGAACGCGCCGGAAUCGGUGUGUGUGUGUGUCAUUGUGUGUGUCUUGCCUCGCGAAGCGGGAGCAGACAACACCGCACGACGCUUGUAUACAAGCGUUGCCAGCCGCGUAUUUUGAUUGGCCGCUGACCGGUCGGUCGCUAUUAGGUGCGGAACGGGUGCCUUACUUAUGUUCUCCUUUGCGGUAUUGUUAGUCCGCGCGAAUGGGCGGUUUGAGAUUCCGUUCUGCCGCGCCCAUCUUGGUCCUAUCCUUACCAUCAGCGAUUGCUGAACCGCUUGCUGUACGCGUUGAUUUGAUUGGCUAUUGUAAUUGGUACCGCUUCUCCACGGAUUUUGUUGAGUGGCUACAGCGGUAGUACCUGUACAAGCCGAAAUCAUACCAUUAGAGCUGACUAGUCUACUGGUUUGAUUUCGGCUUCUGUACACCGCUUCUGCACGGUUUUAAUUGGUCAGGACCAGCCUUAGUCGGCCGACCGAACACAGUCGGAUCGCAGAAAAUCUUGCGUGACUCUCCGUACCCCGCAGCAUCGCUGAGUUCCUGCCAGGGUGUAGUUCCCUUUUGCCUCUCUUUGUCGCAACUUUCUUUGAGUUGAGGAAAGCUUUUGCAGUGAUAGUGUAUCUUGCCGGCUUUUGUUGCGACAUGAUGGUAGAUAGACUAUAUAUGACGUUUUUUAUUGAAUUUCAUUGUGCUCUCUCUGAGGGGUCGUUGCCACCAAACUCUCGUUCGUUGGAGAAUACAUGAUAAACACCAUCGUACAUCCCCGUUGCGGGAAUGAAGUGAUUGGUAUGCGGUAGGUUUCCCGCAGCGUUGAGCUCACUACGCGGUUUGGGGUUUGCGUCGCGGGUUUCUUCCCCUACCACGCACGCACGACGAACGGCUCAGCAACCUCCCAUCCCACACCGGGGGGCGCCUGGUUGGGUUUUCUUCUUCUUCGGGUGUUGCCCCUCCCCCCUCCGUUUAUUGUUUAUUUCCGUUCCAUGAAUCGAAGUUUUUGGUGCAUGUGAGGGGCGCUCUUUGGGUUCAUACGGGGGGAAUAGGUUGGGUGUAGAGGGCGUUUUCUUGGCUGGUGGCUUUCCCAAAGACGAACCGGGAGGUGUUCGUCGCGGGGUUAGGGUGUGCGCGGGGCUUAAGUGCCGCCAAAGAACACGUGUGUCUAUGGGUACGCAGCUAGCAUUGCCUGACUUUUUCUCAUGUAGCCUAUACGGAGUUUUUUUUUAUCAUUUUGCUGUGCUCUGCGGGUUGGGUGUGUGUGUGGGCUUGUCGAGGGGUGCUUUCGGCAGGACGGGAUGGGAAUGGGCCGAAAAUACUAUACGCACAGAAAGCGCCCGCACUCAACAGGCUCGAGGCUGGGGUUCUUAGCUCCUAAGGUCAUCAUCAUGCUGCGAGUGACCGCAACUACUAGUGGGGGACCCCUAAAUGAUGUUGCAAACGGUGCUCAAGUUUUUAGAUUUUGAGUUUUUUUUGGCUCGAUUUCUUAGCACCUGCGAAGUCCGACACUACUAGUAGUAUAAGCGCGGGCGCUUUCUGUAAUUUAGCGAUCGAUCUAAUUACUCACGCCGAUGAUGCGCUCGGCCAGCUGCGCGUUGAGUAUUCCUGCGAGUACUCCUGAAACCAUGCUGGAUGGAGGAGGCAUUCGAAGUUGGCUGUGCUUGAUACGGUUUGGGUUUGAUGUUCGGUCCGAGAGCGAAGGCACACACCGGCCUGAGUUUGUUGUUGCGAAAGAUGCCUCCCUUCGUCAAGGCUCACUUAUUUCU